AUGUCUUCGAGUUCUUCCACGGCUCUCCUAAUCUUCAUAAGCUUCAUCCUCCAGAUUUCGGCCACCACCACCGCCAUCGGUGUGAACUAUGGUACGUUGGGAAACAACCUUCCGCCACCAGCUCAAGUGGCUGACUUUCUAGCAACAAAAACACAUAUUGAUCGCAUUAAAAUCUUUGAUACAAACCCUGAAAUUCUUCGUGCCUUUGCCAACACUAACAUUUCUGUGACUGUGACGGCGGGCAACGGUGAUAUUCCUGCUCUUACUAAGCUCUAUGCUGCUCGCCAGUGGGUUGUUGCAAACAUAGCUCCCUAUUAUCCACAAACAAAGAUUAUUCGUGUUGUUGUUGGCAAUGAAAUCCUGCAAAGUGCCGUUAAGGAUUGGAUUUAUAAUCUUGUUCCAGCCAUGAAAACUCUUAACCAGGCUUUGGUCGAUGCUGGGUUCAAAGAUAUUAAGGUUCGAUAA